AUGAGCCAGCGCGCCUCCUUCGGCUGGAGACAAGACUACAAGUACCUCGGCGUCGUCCAGGUCCCCGCGUCCCGCCGAGCAGUCAUGACCGCGCCGCUCGAGCCCGGGCUGCACACCGUCGUGCGCUUCCUCCCGCCGCUCGCCAGCCUGCCGAGCACCAUCAUCGACGCGGCGCCCGGCACGCGCACGCUUGUGGUGGUGCAUGAGGCCGCUACCGCGCCGGCGCUAGAGCGCCUCGUCGUCCCGUCGUCGGUGACGCGCGUCGUGCUCUACUUCUGCAGCCCGCCAUACGAGGUCGGCGCCGACGCACGGCGAGCGUGGGCGGUCGCCUUCUUCCGCGACCUUCUCGUCCACCUGUGGCACACGCGCGCAAGCAUGCAGAUCGCGGUCGUCGGGCUCGUGAACCCCCAGGCCAAGGGCGCCGAGGACGCGUUCCACUACGCGAUUGUGCGGGCCGUCCAGACGCACUUUGACGAGGCGUCAUACCUCCGCCAUGUCGGCGCUCCCGCGCGCCGCGACACCUCCCUACUCGAGGUGCACGACCUCGUCAGGCUCGUCGAGGUGAUCACGCCGGGCGAGUAUCGCCGCAGGCUCGGCGACCGGCUCGUGACGGCCGUGACGGCGCCGUCGGUGCCCUUGAGGGAUCGUUAG